AGUGCUGAUAUUCUCCCCCAUCCUGUGAAGUGUGAGGGGAAACCGUAACCCUAGAGCCCAACACUGACAUGGCGCCCUCGCGCCGCCGCGCGCGGUCGAGCGAGCCGGCGGCGGACCUGCUGACCUCCCUGCCGCCGCUCCUGCUCGACAGCAUCCUCACCCGCCUCGACCUCCGCGACGCCGUCCGCACCUCCGCGCUCUCUCGCGCCUGGCGCCGCCGUUGGGUGGACCUCCCCUGCCUCUCCCUCUCCCGCAUCGGCAGGGGUGGCAUACCCGCGGUGGCCGUCGACAGCGUUCUCCUUCGCUACCCCGGCAACAUCUCGAAUUUCUCCAUCCACUCUCUCGACACGCACUCCGCCCGCCGCGUCGACGACUGGCUCAUCGCCGUCCGCAACCGCGGCGUCAAGUCCAUCGACCUCAAGGGCCCAGCCCCAGCCUUCGCCCUUCACUCUUCUGUCUUCUUAUGCACGAGUCUCGUGUGCCUGAAGCUGCACUUGUGCUUGAUACCUCCUCUCCCCGUGGAAUUCACUGGCUUCCCCGUGCUCAAGCAGCUCGAACUCUCGGGCGUCACAUUCCCUCCGAACGGGCAGAUCCAACUGGAGGCAAUUAUCAAAGCGUCACCCUUGCUUGACACCCUGAGUCUUAUCUAUGUGGAUACAUACAGCGAGGCUUUCCCUGGUUGGGUGAUUUGGGGGGCCAAUCUCCGGAGGCUAACUAUAGUUUCCAAAGACAAUCAUGGCUGGCAAGUCGCCGAGCUACCAAAUCUCCACGAAGCCACCAUCAAUUUGCAAAGCUGUGAGAACUUUAGUGAUUUCGGAGGACUCCUUGCUGGGCUUGCUCAAGUUCGGAAGCUCGUUCUAAAUAAGUGCUACCCACCGUUCACAGAGGGUCAUAUCCUGGAAACACUUCCUUGCACCUUUGACAACUUAAAGAGUUUAACCCUCUGGACUCACUUUGAGGAAACGCCUACCAUUUUGUCAACCUUUUGUUUACUGAGGAAUGCUCCUAACCUUGAAGAACUUGAUAUAGUGAUCGAGGGUUUUUUGGACGAGGAAGAAGCAGAUGGGGAGUUUCAGAAUGCACAAUGGACUGACGGCAUGUGUCCCAACCUUCAAGUUGUGCGAUUGAAGGGUGUUCUCUGUUCAUCAAAUGAAAUGUGUUUUAUACAGCUUCUUUUAUCUAAAGCUACAGUUCUUCGCACUAUGUCUAUUAAUCUUGGUUAUGGAAGCUUAAAGUCUAGUGAGGAUGCACUGCGCGAACUGAUAACAUAUAGAAGAGCUUCACCCCAUGCUCAAAUCUUCUUCGAUGGUAAAGAGCCUUAAGCUUCAGCUAUUAAAUGUGCGUACCAUGUAUUAUCAUUGGAUAAUCUGUGGAGUACCAGUAAGGCCCCGCUUGGCAUUGGUGUAUUUUUAUACACCUGUAUUUAUUUUACAUGUGUAUAAUACCGGCCACACUUGAUUUUCAACUGGAAAGAAAAACGACCGAUGGAGGUCUGUAUAUUUUACAGGGGUAUGGCGCUGUGAAAGGCCAAUCCAAUCAGGGCCUAAAUUCAUAUUUCAGUUAGCCCUCGUGGCACUUUACAUUAGAUGCUACUCCCUCUGAUCCGAAAUAAGUGCCGUGGUUUGAGUUCAAAUUUUAACAAAAACAACGACACUUAUUUUGGAUUGGAGGGAGUACUACCCUUUUCUAUACCUAAGAGGAUGGUAUUGAUACUUAGGAGGGAGGGAGAGAUUACAAGAUCAGGGUAAUGAGGAUAGUAGUGUGAGGAUUGUGGUUGAAAGUUGAAGGGAUAUGAACAAGGGAAAAUACAUGUUACUUGUAGUUAUUUCUGGAUAAUCUGUCCAAGGUUUUCUUUGCAGAUCAUGCCCCUUUUUUUUUCUUUACAAGAGAACUGGAAUUGUUAAUGACAUGAGACCACAGUGGACUAGAUGUCUCUGUGCCUCUCUUUUAUGCUGGGGUGAUGUUUUUGUGCCUUGACAUGCAUUUUGAAUACAAGACACAUGGAUAGACAGUGAAAGCAUUGUUUUGAAGUCAUGUGGAUGUAUUGCAUAUAAAAAAUAAAGAAAACUUGGUGGUGAUCCAACAUCUUGUUGGCUAAAGUUCAGAUUGAGUGUUAAAGCUUCAUGCUUCAUGCUUCACAAAAUGUGUUACUCACAGUUGUUUGCUCAUGCUGCUACAUUGUUAUUAUUAUUGUUUCUAAUAUAGUUCGUGGUCUUGCAGUGAUGCUUUGUAUUCGAUAGCAUAUGCUUUACAUCUUGUAAUUAUUUGGAUAAGGCCACAAAGUGACCGUUUGCUCUCC